UCAAAAAUUAUACAAAAUAUAGUAUGAAGUUUACUAUGUACAGAAAUUGCAUACAAUGUUACAUGUAUCUCAAGCGAAAAACAAGCGAGAAAGUUUAACAUGGUUCUUCUAAUAAAUUCAUAGACCUGACAAAAUGCAUCCACGUAAACUCCACACCAGAGGAACCUCUUAAAAACUCAACAUGGACUUACCGUAGCAAGUGAAUCAUGAUUAUCAAAAAUCAAUCAGAAUAUUCCCAUACAAAGAUGUAAAUAGGCGCAUCCUAAUUUACCUAUCUCACUUCUCAAUACAACACACAUUGAACUCUUGAAAAGAUUGGCAUUGUUAUAAACUUACCUUUAUAUAAAAUAUGGAUCUUCGUCGUAAAGCCGAUUGUCGAAAAUACAAAAAAUGGAAAGAGGAACGAGCAAAAGAAUCAAAGGAAACGAAGAAAGAAAUCAAAAAACGAAGACGCAGAAAACUAGUGACUGAUUGUAUCAAUGAAGCCGAGAUAGAAGAAGUUAUGCCUAAAACCGUGAUGAAAGUGAAAUAUCGAAAAUGCAGAAAAAAGAAGAAAAGAAAGAAGCCAAAGAAAUUUAUUAGGAAACUCGUUAAACGGGUUUCGUUCGCAGAGCUAGUGCUGGGAUGUAUAAAACCAUCGAUAGAGGAGAGGGAAUUCCUUCUUAAUCCACGUCAUAUUGGUUGCUUAGGACUUAGUGUAUCUAAAGUGGAUAUUAUAUCGGAACGCCCAGCAACAAGCCAGACUUACAUGAGCCAACGGAAAAGCCGCGGAAGAAAAAGAAUCUGUACAAAACCCUAUACGGAAAGGUCGUCUCGUAAAGCCUUAGGAGAAUCGAAAUCAGAAGACAGUGAAUGCGACAGCAGUUGUCCCUCCGAUAGUCGCAUAUAUCUUGCAGGUAUCGUCGAUAUCAUUAAAAAGAAUAAUAUUAACGUCACACUAAAAACCAGUAUUUAUUUGCGAAAAAUAUAUUAUGCUGAUUAG